AUGGCGCCCAACAAGAAGAAAAAGAAGCCUGCGAGCAAUCCAGCGCGUGGGUUUGCUACAACAUCCACAGCUUCAAAGUCGAAAUACGAUGAACCUAAGGAGAUCGAAGGCGGUGUGCGGCUGGGUAUCGUAGAUGCGAAUGCCCCUUCUACAGCUGCUGAAGACGGCAUGCGAGCGGAGUAUUCUUCAAGUAGAGAGCCCGAGAAGGCGCUAUACGAGCUAACCCCCGAGGAGCUUGAGUCACAGCUCGAAGAUUCUGGUCUUCAGCUUCUCGUCGAAAGUCACGGAGAGAAGACGAAGAAGGAUAUCUCUAGACAGUAUUCAAGACUUCAGACAGAGAAACGUUUGCUGCGUUCACAAGCAGAGCACCUCGGCAUUCGUCAAUGGCUACCUCCAGAGAUAAUGCAAAUUAUCACAGACUUACUGCAAGCACAAGAAGACAACAACGGACAUCUAUCUGCAAAUCUUGACAGUAACAAAGCAACUAUGGGUCUCUCCGAGGACGACCUGCUGAUCAAGUUAUGGGCAUUGAAAAGACUCCUUCCACUGCUGGGUUUUCCUGAGCAAAGGACGGAUCUGGCGCUUUGCCACUUACUAACAACGAUGAAUAAAUCAGGCUCACAGAGUCUAUCUUCAGGCAAAGAGUCAAUUUGGGGCCUCGACGAAUGCCUUGCUUGGUUGGCUUUGGAUUCCGAGCCGGCAGAUUUACCCAGGUUUGACGCUCGCGAAGGGCAGUCCCAUUAUUCAAAUGACCAACAACGGUCCGGAGUAAUGACUAAUACACCGGCAACUACCCCUACAGACUCGAGGCCUGAAUCCCCUCUCAGCAAAGAAUAUCCUUCGCAGCAAUCUCGAACUCCUGAUGAAGAUAGCUCUGUCUCUUCUGCAAGCGACUCAGACAGUGAUGUAGAGCCAGAACAUCUGGUGACAAAGUAUCUACAGUUACAAUCGCGCUUACAUGAGAUCAGCCCUGAAUUGACUGAGAUUGAUGCCAGACGGCAGCGGCGGGGCAAGGGUAAGCAGUCCGUCGUUAAUGGCAAUACGGACUCUGCAAGUAAGCGGAGAACCGAGCGUCUCACGGCUAAGAUCCACAAGAUCAGGUCGGAUCUCUUGUUCGACGAGGACAAAGCCAAUAGCAAAUGGGCAGAGAUCCAUAUCGACCUUAUGCAAGAGGCUGCGGAGCGCAAAAGGCUUGGUAUAAGGAAUGACGCAGAGCAACAGAAAGUUAUGCCAACUGUACAAAGCAAUGCAAAACUUGCAGAAUCCAAGGAUGGCGAUGAUGACACGGAUGGCAUGCUUGGCGGGUUCUUUACCAGCCUUCCAGACACGGCAACGGACCCAGCGACUGGUUUGAGCAUUAUGAGUACUGUAACUCAAGAAGGCGAUAACGUGGAAAUCAGAGACUUUGGAAAAUGGACUGGCAUGAGCCCUCGUAGGGUCUUAGAGGAAGCAUGCAAAGCACGAGAUUCUGCCUCCCAAGUCACCUACAAGCCGAUAUCUGCAACCUCCUUUUCGAAUCGACAUCUCGUCGAGGUGAGAUGGUCGCGAAUGCAAGAUCCCACGAUUGCAAUGUCUAUUGAAAAACUCAUCUGCCAAAGCGAUGCUCGUUCCGUAAAGAUUGAGAUGGUGGCGGUUUCUUGCCCGACUGGGGCCCAAUCAGAGGCAUAUAUCUCAACUGUCGCCAUGUUCCUGGUAUUUGCUUCGUCUCAAAAAGAGGAAAAGGUGCAUCUGCGCUUGCCAUCAACCUGGAGAGACCUCUGGAAAGAGUUAUCUCAGUUGAAGAAAGACCAAGACGAAGCAGCCGAUCGCCAGGUCUUACGCGAGCUCCGCAGUAUGAUAGCUGAGCACGGCCAGGCGGAUAAGAAUUUGGACGAACAGAGUAACGGCAUUUCAUUAAAGACUCUCAACAAGGAGCCCAAAGCUGCGGACUGGCGUCAGAUGCAAGGAGACAGCUUCUCACCUCCCGCAGUCCGAUCUGACGACAUCAAAGCAUUAUGGGCAUCGAAGCUAUCCACAUCUUCUUACCAGCACAUGCUCACCUCUCGCAUGAGCUUGCCAAUAUGGAAUUUCAAAGAUGACCUUAUGGAUGCCAUAAGAGAUAAUCAAGUGGUGAUCAUAUGUGGUGAGACAGGCUGCGGAAAAAGUACGCAGGUGCCAGCUUUCAUACUAGAGCAUGAGCUUUUAGGCGGGCGUCCCUGCAAAGUCUACUGCACCGAGCCUCGACGAAUCUCUGCCAUUUCUUUGGCACGACGUGUGAGCGAAGAGCUUGGAGAACGGAAGGGCGAUGUCGGCACCUUUCGAUCGCUUGUUGGGUUUGCUAUAAGACUGGAAAGCAAAUUCAACCCGCAGACGAGGCUUGUGUAUGCGACUACUGGGAUUGUGAUGCGUAUGCUGGAGAGGUCAGAUGACCUCGGAGACAUCACACAUCUUGUUCUUGACGAAGUGCACGAGAGGAGCAUCGACAGCGACUUCCUCUUGAUAGUCCUUCGGAAGCUGCUGGAGAGGCGAUCAGACCUCAAGGUCGUUCUCAUGUCAGCUACCGUCAAUGCAGAGCGUUUCUCGGAUUAUCUGGGCGGAGCACCCAUUAUGAACGUGCCUGGGCGCACCUUCCCCGUCGACACGAAAUAUUUAGAGGAUGCAGUGGAAGUCACGAACUUCAACGCCGACUCGGGAUCUCAUGGUGGUGCUGAGGCUGUGGAAAUCGAUGACGACGACGCAGCGAAAGUUCCAUCCCAGAUUGCUGAUCUCCAAGGAUACAGCCCAAAGACUCUAAGCACAUUGGCAAAACUCGACGAAUAUCGCGUCAGCUACAGUCUCAUAGUCCGGCUUCUUGAAACGAUCGCUACCUCUGAGUUUUACUUCCCUUACAGCAAGGCGAUCUUAGUAUUCCUGCCUGGCAUGGCAGAAAUCAGGCGACUUAACGACAUGCUCGCCGGCCACCGCACAUUCACAACUGGAUGGUACAUCUACGCUUUACACUCUACGAUUGCUACAGAUGAGCAGGAACGAGCCUUUCUCGUCCCUCCACCAGGAGUUCGCAAGAUCGUUCUCGCUACGAAUAUCGCAGAAACUGGUAUCACCAUUCCUGAUGUUACUUGCGUGAUUGACACAGGGAAGCAUAAGGAGAUGAGAUUUGAUGAGCGGCGGCAGCUUUCCAGAUUGAUUGAAGCAUUCAUCUCCCGAGCUAACGCAAAACAACGACGUGGACGAGCAGGUCGGGUCCAGAAAGGCCUUUGCUUUCAUCUCUUCACCAAGAAUCGCCAUGACAACAUCAUGCCUGGAGAACAAACCCCUGAAAUGCUUAGGCUUUCCCUACAAGACCUAGUUUUACGCGUCAAGAUCUGCAAGCUUGGCGGCAUUGAACAGACACUCUCAGAAGCCCUCGAUCCUCCCUCCUUGAAGAACAUCAGACGCGCGAUAGAUUCUCUUGUCGAUGUCAAAGCCCUUACAGCUGCAGAAGAUCUGACGCCUCUGGGGCGGCAGCUUGCAAGACUGCCGCUCGAUGUGUUUCUGGGCAAGCUGCUCUUACUUGGUACCAUUUUCGGAUGCCUCGAUGCAAUGCUCACCAUAGCUGCCAUCCUUUCCUCCAAGUCACCUUUCUCAGUACCUAUGGGUACUAUAUCGCAAGCAGAUACGGCACGGCAAGCUUUCAAGAAGGGGGACUCUGAUCUUCUUACAGUCUACAACACUUACUGCGCAUGGCGACGAGUGUGCGGCGGCUCGACCGCAAUGUCCGAACAACAAUUCUGCCAGAGGAACUUUCUGAGUCAGCAGACAUUAUCCAAUAUUGAAGAUACGAAGUCGCAGCUUACUGCCUCUUUGGUGGACGCUGGAUUCGUAAUCCUGAACGAGGCUGAGAAAGGAUGCCUCAACAAGGUCCGAUAUUGGUCCAGGCUCCGAAGCUUCGUCGAACUACCUGAUCGCUACAGCAGCAAUAACAAGAACGACCUCAUUCUCAACUCCGUCAUCGCUUGGAGCUUCUACCCCAAGCUCCUCAGACGAGAAGGCAAAGGUUGGAAGAACAUCGCGAACAACCAGACGGUCAGCUUGCAUCCCACGUCCGUCAACAAAGGUGCCGAGCGCCCGCCGCAAUGGCUGUCAUUCUACCACAUCAUGCAAUCGAGCAACAAGUUCUACAACGCCCAUGAGACGAGUCCAGUAGAGAGUUUUGCGGUUGCUCUCGUCUGCGGUGAAGCGGAGUUCAAGAUGUACUCGGGGGUGAUAGUGGUGGAUGGCAAUCGGAUUCGCUUUGCCCUGGAUGAGUGGAAGACGUUCUUGGCCCUCAAAGUUUUGCGUGGUCAGAUCAGGCAGAUAAUGACACAGGCGUUUCGCAGUCCUGGACGUGGGUUGUCGGCGCAGCAGCAGGCGUGGCUAGAUGUGUGGCAAAAGAUCUUCUCGGAUUCUAAAGUAAGGGCUUGA